AUGAAUUGGAAACUUUUGUUAAUUGCUGUUUCGCUGAUAGCAGGAAUAUCAGCGAGACCUGCUGACGACUCAAAAUCUGAAACAUCAACUGUUAAUAUGACACCUGAAGCAUCAACUCUUGUUACAGAAAAAAUAACGACAACAACACCAUUAGCUGAAAGUACAACAAAAAGACAACCAAAACUUCCAGAAGUAGUAACAACGACAGCAACACCCUCGACAAAAGCUGCAAAGACUGAAGAAGUUUCAACUGUCAGGUAUUUAGUAGCAAGUUUGCCGCAUAAACCAACUAACCCUCGUCGGAAAUAUAAUAACAACUAUGCUAAUUUAAUAACUAAACAUACCUUAAAUAACAAUAGAAAUGUAAGCAAUUGGAAUAACAGUAACGAGUAUGUAAGUGUGCAUGGCUUUGUAGUCGAUAGUUCAUUACCAGUAGAAGUUGUAGUUCAUUCAGAAGCCAACUCGAAAACAUCAUCAACGCCUUUGACUCUUUCUUAUGUUGAUCCAACGAUCACCACAAAAAGAGCUUUUGUGACAUCAAAUUAUGCAGUUCCAACUGAUGCUUGGUCGAAUUACAGUAUAGAGAAACCAAAAGUUGUUCCCACGAAAUCAAGGAAGCCAGUUAUUCAUAAAGUUAUCUCUAAAUGGUCAGACAAUCCCAGUGAUGUUUUAAAAUUCCAUAGGAAUAAUUUAGUUAGAACAACACAAGCGACGGAAGUUAAUAAUCUUAAAAAUAAACUCUCAAAUAGUCCAUUUAAUCCAAGUGUUUUUAAAGAUACCUUUGAUCAACUUCCUGCGAUCAUAGGUCAACAAUUGAUAACUCAUGGCGCGAAAUUGAAACCGACAACAUCACCACAUAAAUCCACAGUCAUGAAUAUUGUGAAGCGACCAAAUUCACCUGAAUUAAUGUGUAAAAGAUUAAAAAUUAAACUCACAAACUCUGGUGAAUUAAGCAAUGAAUCAAACGAACGUUGUGACUUUAACCUUGACAAUAAAGUUGAGACUUAUACAGUGCAAACGACGACAUCUUUCUAUGAGUUCCCUAAAAAUGAUAAGUUUCAUGAUGUUUCUGAAAGUUCAGAUGACUAUGAGUCGGAUGAGAAACAAGAAUCUUUUGAAGUUGUCGCGCCAGACACACCACAAAUUAUCACUUCGAUAGCACAAAUGGCAAACAAGCCACUUGGAGUGUUGACAGGCAGUAACCAGAAAUUAAGAAAGAAAAAGAAACCUGGCAGUGCAUUUCAAAUUGAUGAAGGUGAUGUGAAACUCCCCGAUGAUGCAUCCGAUUAUGGAUCGAUUAUAAUGACAGUGAUGGCAAUUAUGGCAAUUUUUAAUCCAAUGAACUUUGGUGUUUGGGGAUUAGUUAUGGCACCACUUGCCGCGAUGCUUUUCGGUGGAAUGUUCUUUGGAAUGCAUAAAUAUAUGAAUAAAGAUGAUCAGUAUCAUCAAUCCAUUUGGCCUAAGCCACAAGAAAUUAUCAUAAAAAAUAAGAUUAAACAUUCACCACUGCCAAUAAGAAUCACGCAUUUGCAUAAGAAUUUAUCUCCGCCACCUAAAAGUAUACCAUUGAACUCUUAUGGUCCACCGAUUUCUCCUUAUCAGAAGCCUUCCAGUCAAUUAUCUUCUUAUGGUGAACCUCCUUAUGAUGACAGUUAUUAUCCCCAGCAUCAACCAGUAAUGAUGGACAGUUAUCAUCCACAACCAGAUAUGACAGACAGUUACCACCCUCAACCAGUCAUGAUUGAUACUUAUCAACCCCAAAAACCUCCAUCAAAAGGACCAUACAAUCGGAAGACAAACUUACGAUUAAAACGACCAAAGAAACAACGAACAGUGGUGAAGCUACCGAAGAGAAAAUACAAAUUUAAGCUUCUCUAA